GGUCGAGUACUAUAAUAAUGAAGCAGAAGAAGACGGAUGAUAGCUACCGUUAAACGCUAAGAGAAGAAGAGCUUCUGGAAGAUGUCUGAGUACGCUGGAGCCCAGAAGAGUGCCCUGAAACUAAAGGGUCUAGGGAGCAUUUCAGCUGGCAAAAAGAAGAAGAAGAAGGAUAAAGAGAGUAAGCACCGCUUGGAGCAGGUUGCCAACGAUGAGGAGAUGAAAGACAAGAAAACAUAUGUUGACAAAAGGACACCGGCACAAAUGGCCUUUGACAAGAUGCAAGAGAAGCGGCAAAUGGAGAGGAUUUUGAACAAAGCCUCAAAGACACACAAACUCAGAGUGGAGGAUUUCAAUCGCCACCUGGACACCCUGACGGAGCAUUAUGAUAUUCCCAAGGUCAGCUGGACCAAAUAGAAGAGGAGAAAACGAUCAUUUUGUUUGUUGUUUACCGCUUGUACUAAAUUCUUGCACAUCACUUUUUUUGGUUUGCUAGUUUUAUAUAUUUAAAGUUAGAAUUCCUUCAAUUGGCAUUCAGUAAUUCUUGUUUUAAUUCCUGGUGUAUACAAUAAAGGACUUUAUUAAACUCA